AUGUCUAUUUUUUCUUGUGCAGGUUUUUUCACCCUGGACGGACAGCCCAAGUCCAUGAGCUGCCCCUCCACUGGCCUGACUGAGGAAGACCUGAACCAUAUCGGAGGUGUGGCCUCCUCUGUGCCUGUGGAGGACUUCACCAUACACGGAGGUCUGAGCAGGAUCCUCAAAGGCCGAGCAGAGAUGAUCCGUAACAAGACUGUGGACUGGGCUCUGGGGGAGUACAUGGCCUUUGGGUCUCUGCUGAAGGAGGGCAUCCACGUGAGGCUGUCAGGGCAGGACGUGGAGAGAGGCACUUUCAGCCACCGUCACCACGUUCUCCACGACCAGAACGUGGACAAGCGCACUUGUAUCCCCAUGAACCACAUCAGUCCAGACCAGGCGCCAUACACGGCCUGCAACAGCUCUCUGUCGGAGUACGGCGUCCUCGGUUUUGAGCUGGGAUUUGCGAUGGCGAGUCCAAACGCCCUGGUUCUUUGGGAGGCUCAGUUUGGAGACUUCCACAACACGGCUCAGUGCAUCAUCGACCAGUUCAUCUGCCCGGGUCAGGCCAAGUGGGUCCGACAGAACGGCAUCGUGCUGCUGCUGCCGCACGGUCUGGAGGGAAUGGGCCCAGAACACUCGUCAGGGCGACCGGAGCGGUUCCUCCAGAUGUGCAACGACGACCCAGACGUUCACCCGCCGAUCACAGAGGACUUUGCGGUGCAGCAGCUUUACGACUGUAACUGGAUCGUUGUGAACUGUUCGACUCCAGGAAACUACUUCCACGUUCUGAGACGACAGAUCCUGCUGCCGUUCAGGAAACCACUGAUCAUUUUCACUCCGAAAUCCCUGCUGCGCCACCCGGAGGCCAGGUCCAGCUUUGACGAGAUGCUCCCAGGGACACACUUCCAGCGGCUGAUUCCUGAAAGAGGCGCCGCUGCUCAGAACCCAGAGUCCGUCAAACGCAUCAUCUUCUGCACGGGGAAAGUUUACUACGAACUGAACAGAGAGAGGAAGACUCGAGGACUGGAGGACACUGUCGCCAUCGCCCGCGUGGAGCAGCUGUCUCCGUUCCCAUUCGACCAGGUAAAGGCCGAGGUGGAGAAGUACCCCAACGCAGACCUGGUCUGGUGUCAGGAGGAGCACAAGAACCAGGGCUACUACGACUACGUCAAACCACGCAUCCGCACCACCAUCCAGAGAACCAAGCCAGUGUGGUACGCCGGCCGAGGUCCCGCCGCCGCUCCAGCCACAGGGAACAAGAACACUCACCUUACGGAGCUGCGCCGCUUCUUGGACGACGCCUUUGACCUGGAGACUCUGGGGAUGUUCUGA